UGUUUGCCAAAAUUCAAACGACGAAGAAGAAACCUGUCAAAGUUCAUGGGCUAGCUUGUGACAACCGGCUAGCAUAGUGGCUAAUAUCACCCUGAUAAGUCUGGUUCCUCCGUCAAAAUGGAUGUAAAUCAGGCGAAACAAGAACACCUCCUCGCCUUAAAAGUGAUGCGUUUAACAAAACCAACUCUCUUCACAAACUUGCCGGUGACGUGUGAAGAUCGAGAUCUGCCAGGGGAUUUGUUCGCUCAGCUUAUGAGGGAGGACCCGUCCACCAUCAAAGGAGCGGAGACAUUAAUGCUGGGAGAGAUGCUCACGUUACCACAGAACUUUGGAAACAUUUUCCUCGGAGAGACCUUCUCCAGUUACAUCAGCGUGCACAACGACAGUAGCCAAGUAGUAAAAGACAUUCUUGUGAAGGCUGAUCUACAGACGAGCUCUCAGAGGCUGAAUCUAUCUGCAUCAAACUCAGCCGUGGCAGAGCUCAAACCCGAAUGCUGCAUCGAUGACGUCAUCCACCAUGAAGUCAAAGAAAUUGGAACACACAUCUUAGUCUGCGCCGUCAGUUACACCACUCAGUACGGAGAGAAGCUCUAUUUUCGGAAGUUCUUCAAAUUCCAGGUUUUGAAGCCGCUGGACGUGAAGACCAAGUUCUACAACGCGGAGAGUGACCUCAGUUCUGUGACAGAUGAGGUGUUUCUGGAAGCUCAGAUCCAGAACAUCACCACCUCACCUAUGUUCAUGGAGAAAGUCUCUCUGGAGCCGUCUAUAAUGUACAACGUCACGGAGCUCAACACGGUCGCAGCCGGGGACGAAGGUGAGUCCACAUUUGGGAAGAUGUCCUACCUGCAGCCCAUGGACACACGGCAGUACCUGUACUGCCUGAAGCCGAAGCCGGAGUACGCGGAGAAAGCCGGCGUCAUCAAGGGGGUGACGGUGAUAGGGAAGCUCGACAUUGUAUGGAAGACUAACCUCGGGGAGAGGGGGAGGCUGCAGACCAGUCAGCUGCAGAGAAUGGCUCCAGGGUACGGAGACAUCAGGCUGUCUUUGGAGGUGAUUCCCGACACCGUCAACCUCGAAGAGCCUUUUGGAAUCGUCUGUAAAAUCACAAACUGCAGUGAAAGAACCAUGGACCUGGUUCUGGAGAUGUGUAACACCAGGUCCAUCCACUGGUGCGGUAUAUCCGGACGUCAGCUGGGUAAACUCAGCCCCGCUGCCUCCCUGUCUCUACCCCUCACCGUCCUCUCGUCUGUCCAGGGUCUACAGAGCAUUUCCGGAUUAAGACUCACGGACACGUUCCUGAAGAGGACGUACGAAUACGACGACAUCGCACAAGUGUGCGUGGUCUGCCCGUACACCAGCAACGAGUCCUAGGAAUUUAUUUUUAUGUUUUGCCUUUUUAGAUAAUGAAUGGACCAACACAUGACACUGAUAUUGAUUUUUUUUUUUUUUUUGUGAAUCCUUAGGGGUUAAUACUGUAUUUUAAAAUGAAUAAUAUAAAAAAAAUAACAUUUUCUUUGAAAAUAACUAUGUAAAAUGUGCAUAAAUGUUAAUAAAACCUGUAAGCUUUGAUUUCCUGUUGCUUUUAUAAACAUAUGUAAUGGUG